AUGGUGAAGACUCUCGACGACACUGAUCCCUUCUUCAACCAUAGUCGCCGCGUCCAGUUCCAGCAGCUUCCUCCCCUCAAAGAGUCCUCGAUCGAGUCGAUCGACUCAACCAACGGCGGUGCCCCGCUUGCCACCUUUGACCCCAGCGACCCCUUCGCUGCGCUUCGAUCCAAGAGCAAGAGCGCCAACAACUCCCCGUCUGCCUCAUCGGACCACUCGUCUUCGAUCAGGCACGCUUCUCAGAUCAGUGAGCCCAGCGGUCUUCAAUCCGCAGUCCAGAGAGCCAAGUUCAACCUGGCCUUGAAGAAGCUCGCAGGCUCCACCCACAGCAGUACUCCCAAGCUGGAUCCGUCUACCGCAGAAUUCCGACCGGCUGCUGCGCUUCAGGCUCCAGCCAUGCACACCCAGCAGACUUCGCUGGGUGACUCCCAGGCUCAGGACAACGCCGCCAUCGGAUUGAACGCGUUCCAGCCUCAGCGAGGUGAAUCAUUUGAAGGUGUCAAUCCCAUCAACUCUCCUGGACCGAACACUUUCGCUCCCUACGCUGGUAAUGUUGCCAGCCAAACUUCCAACGGCACACCUCACCAAUACACCACCUUCCCAGCCCAGAUCGGCGGUGUCCAGUCUCAGUCUCAGGUCCCUUUCCCCAAGAACAACGGUAUGGCCAUGGCCAACGGAAUGGCCCUUCAGCCCGUCCGAAGUAAUGUCAACGGUACCAUUGGAGUGACUUACAUGAGCCCCAACGGUUACAACCCCGACUACCAGCGACAGCAGCAACAGCAGCAACAAUACAUCAGCACCAAUGGAAUGGCUUUUGCUGUUCCCAAUGGCAACGGUGUUCAGUACGAUGUCAACAACAUGAGCCAGGCCUUAGUUGCUAGAGAUGGCAACGCGCCUCAGCAGCACGUCAACACCAACGAGAUAGCUUUCGGCAUGUCCAACGGCAACGCCGCUCAACAUGUCAACAACAUGAACGGAUUGAACGGCACCAACUUUGGCACCGAGUAUGAUAACGUCUCUCAGCAGCACGGCAGUGGCGUCCGGGGUUUUAAUGCUGUUUCCCCCUCGGCCAUGAAUUGUAUGCCCAAUGGCGCGAGGGCUAUGGCUCCUGUCGCCGACGGAAGCAAUGGCAACUCCUUUGAGCAGAUGUCCAUGUCCACUUUGCAGGCGCACCUGGAUCUCGGAAGCCAGUACCCGCAGGCACAGCCCAGUCCGAAGCACACAUUCCCGCAAGGCGCUGCUCGUUCUGCCCAGUACUCGAAUCAGUCCCUUCCAUUCCAGCCGCAGAACAAUGUUGUCAUGCAGCAACAACAGCAGGCGGCUACCACUCCGGUGCGAUCUGUGGCGGGUAGCCCUUACGGCCAAUCGACUCCCGCACCGCCUGCCAGCGUGUACAGCAGCCCUGGAGCAACCACGACGCGAGCUCAGCACAUGGUGUCUCCCUCUUAUCGAGGACGGACCGACCCGCGCAGCUAUGAUGCCCGCGCUAACGUCUCGACCGAGCCUCCUCCUCGAUUCGAUUUGCACACUCCCGUGCCUGUUCACCAGCAGGUAUAUAACAGUGUGAUUUCGCCCUCCUCUGCCGGAGGUCCCUUUUCGCCUCGUGGGGCGACGGCGUCGCCAGGACACUCGUCCUCCAACAACUCUGUGAUGGACCCGUUCAACGGACCUGCUCUGUCCAGCGUCAUCCAGCCGAUCGAGCCACAGUCCGCCAUGGUCCUCCACGAGAGCGCCGUGCCGGUGCAGAUCCGCAACAUGCGAUCCAAGCAGCUGAACGAGCUGACGGCCGGACCGACUGGCCGCCCCCGUCCAGAGGCUGCUCUGGAUGCUUCGAACUUCCCGUUCCUUGAGAGCGCUCGCAACGCGCAGCCUACCACUCACUGUGGUGUUGUGAAGCUCAAGAACAUCCCCUUUGGUACCAAGCGUGCAGAGGUCCUCGCCUUCCUUGGCCGCAACUCCAAGGUCCUGAACGACAACCAGGAACCCGUGCACAUCAUUAUGGAGCGCGUUACUAGCAAGACGAAUGAUGCGUACGUCGAGUUUAUGAGCAUGCAGGCUGCCGUCAACGCGGUCGAGAAGCACCAGAAGACCGUGGCCAACGGCCGCCUCAGCCGCCUCGGCGACCGCCCCAUCGAGGUGGAGCUUUCCAGCCAGGCGGCCCUCAUGAAGGACCUCUUCCCUCUUGCCAAGGGCGUCCGCUGGGAGGGGGCCGUGCCGGUCGUCCUCGAGGACCACCCGUCGGAGCCGUGGAACUGCUUCAAGGGAUUCGUCUCUGACGAGGAGAUGGCGAUGCUGGUGAAGCACGUUGAGGUUCCCCAGCGAUCCCCCUUCUCUCGCGAUUGCCCCCAGCGCCCUUUCGAGUGCAUGAUCAGCACCCUUCGAAAGCUCCCUUGGUACAAGACCGAUUGUAUCACGAUCAAGCAGCGCCACUCGGUGUACAGCGCCUGCAUCCAGCUCAUCCGCCUGCUCCAGCAUGCCAUCAAGGAAAAGAAGGACGAGGAGCACCUGACGUCGCAGCUGCUCAAGCGCCUCUGGACUUCCGCGAUGCUCUGCCACGGCUUCACCGUCACCAUGAGGGACAACAUUGCUUACCAGGUUGACAUCCCCGAGGACCGCCUCCGCGAGUUCAACAUGCCCCGCUUUGCCAACAUGUGGGUGCACGCCUACACCCUGUGCCCCAAGCCUGGUACUCCACUGGAUGUUCUCGAGUACUACAUCGCCCUCAUUCGCGAGGAGACCAACCGCACGGUCGGCCUUCAGCAGCCCAACAUCCAGUCUCAGAUCCACAACGAGGGAACGCAGACGAACCUGUACUGGGGCUUCUUCUUCAAGGAGCUGAACCUCCCCCACGGCCCGGCCUUCGACAACAUGACGCUGGCGCAGAUGGCGGAGCUGGAGUUCCGCGCCCUGACCAACAUUCUCACGCGCGCUCUUGCCUGA